UAAAAAAUAAACAAAAGUAAUAAAGGGUAUAAAACAGCGAAAAAAUACUGUCUCGGCAUGGACGUAGCCAUCUUGACUAUCAUUAUCGUGAUAAUGCCCUCUGACACUAGCGCAUCAUGCAUGCCAUACGUCCCGGUUUGUCCCGGAAAUGAAGGACGUGUCCCGCAGUCCCGGAAAUCUGGAUGUGUGGCUGGAAAAGAACAAGUUCCUGUUAGAUGGCAUACUGGGUCACAUGUAUGGGACGCUGUUUGAAGUCAAAGAUGGCCAGAUGGUUAAAGUGGAGAGAACAAUACCACAGGAUGUGGAGAUUGCUGAUGAGUGUGUUGGUGAUAACAGGGACCUGCUAGACAAUGACAGCAACCAGAAACUCACACAGGAUGAGAUUGAACAGAUGAAGAAAGAAGGCGUUUCAGGGGAUCACCUUAUAGAGCAGUUGAUUGAGAACAGUGCAACAUUCCAAAACAAGACUGGAUAUGCUCAAGAGAAAUGGGUCAAAAAGAAGAAAAAGAAACACUUGCUACAGUUCACGGUGUUAAAGCCCACAGCGAGGCUGUUGUGUGAAAUGCAGUGGUCCAAGGGUCCUUCUAGAAUCAGCAAUCUGCGUGUGGACAGUCUUGCUCAGAUGCUGACGAUGGGUAAUGUACAUGCCAACUCUACGGUGCUGGUGGUGGACUCGUGCAUGGGGCUGAUAUCUGCGGCUGUCCUCGAGAGGCUUGCUGGGUAUGGACGAAUGGUGUGCUUUUUUCACGGAGACUCACCAUUAAAACAAGCUCUUGAACCCUUGGACUUUCCACAAAAAGUGAUGAAUAGCUUAUAUCAGUUUCCAUUGGAUAUGGUGAAUUCAUUGAAACAUACUAAGGUUGAAAACGGUGAGCACAUCACUGAAGAAAAAGAUGCGUCAAAGUCGUCUGAUAUUCUUGUUAAUGAAGAAUCACAUAAUAGUGAGAAGACUGAUAAUGUACAAGUGGAACAAAGUUGUGCUACUGAUGUUGGCAUAGAUUUAGAAAUGGAUACUAAAGAGAAUGAAGAAGAAGCAAAAGAGCAAGAAAUGGAUGUAAAAUCAGAAUCAAAGGAUGAUGUGGACAUUAAGACUAUAGAGAAAAAAGACAGAGCUACACGAUGGAAGAAAAAAGAGAAGAAAAACAAAAAGGAUAGAGCUGAGGCAAAACAGGAGAGAGCUCGGGAAAUAGAGAGAGCAAGAAAGGUCUUGCUCGACAGGAAAGCAGAUUGCCUGCUGGUAGCCACAAAGUUCCACCCAACACCGAUAGUUUUGGCUUUGGUAGAUCUUAUAGCUCCUUCCAGACAAAUAGUGGUCUUCUCACAGUUCAAAGAGGCUCUGCAAGACUGUUACAUGCAUCUGAGAGAGCACAAGGGUUUGGUCAACUACAGACUCACGGAAACUUGGUUAAGAGAAUAUCAGGUGUUGCCAAACCGCACACAUCCUGUCAUACAGAUGAGUGGCACAGGGGGAUAUCUCCUCUCGGCCACAACCAUUGUUAAGCAGACGUGAUAAGCAGUCUGCUUUCAUUCAUUAUGUGGUUAUGAAUUUUUUCCAUGAAAUAAAUAAAAGAAAUGAAAUCUGCAA